GAAGACUCUUCCGAGCAGGUCCGGGGCUUCUUCUUCGAAAAGAUACUCCGUAAAACAAACCAGAAAAAAAUAAAACAACCAACAAACCCGAGGGGAAACCAGAAUUUGCUAGUCCAAAUUCAGAUCCGAGCCAAGCCUCUGAACCCUGAAAAAGCAUUUACGUAAACGUCAGCUUUAUUCUGGUUGAUCUAUUCGCAGUUCAUAUCAACCAGAAAUUUCCAUUUAUUUACUUGCUACUCCGAUUUUGCGUUCCGUAGACCUGAAGCUAAAUUGUUUAAUAACCGCGUUUCACAAUUAUCGGCUUGUUCAGGGCUUAAAGAAAGUCAAUGAAGGGUUUGAUUCAAUGUAAUGGGACCGGAAUUUGAUGGCCACAGCAACAAUGGCUACAGCAGCUGGUGCUGCUGCACUUCUAUAUUACACGUUAAAUAGAAAGUUACAAUCUAAUCUGCCAAAUGAGGAUGUUGAUGAUGAAAAUGGGUGUGAUGGGCACAACGGUGUUAGAGUAGAAGAUGUAAGGGUUUCACGUAAACUGAUACAAGCUCCGGCGACUUGGCUGGAGACUAUCUCAACAUUGUCCGAGACUCUUAGGUUUACUUACUCAGAGACUUUGGGUAAGUGGCCCAUUGGAGACUUGGCAUUUGGCAUCAGCUUUCUAUUAAAGAGACAGGGGAAUAUACACGUCAGCAGUAUAUUUGGGAGUGAAGGUUGUGCACAACUUAAAGGACCUGAAAUUGCUUCUGAGCUUAGACAUCUGUUAAACCUAUUGACACUUUGUUGGCAUUUUUCUAAGAAGCCAUUUCCACUAUUCUUGGAGGAGACGGGUUAUUCCCAAGAAAGUGUUCUUUUGCAAGAACCUAAAGCUGGAAUUUUGAAACCGGCUUUUACGAUAUUAGUUGACCACAGUUCAAGAUCGUUCCUCCUAUUGAUUCGUGGAACUCACAGUGUAAAAGAUACUUUAACUGCUGCAACUGGGGCAGUGGUCCCAUUUCAUCAUACGGUGGUACAUGAGGGGGGAGUUAGCAAUUUGGUGUUAGGAUAUGCACACUGUGGAAUGGUUGCAGCUGCUCGAUGGAUUGCAAAGCUUUCAACUCCCAGUCUUUUAAGCGCACUCGACAAGUAUCCUGAUUACAGGCUUAAGGUUGUUGGGCAUUCAUUGGGUGGAGGAACUGCUGCCCUUUUAACAUAUGUACUACGCGAACAAAAGGAACUAUCAAGGGCAACUUGUGUAACUUUUGCUCCAGCUGCUUGUAUGACAUGGGAGUUGGCCGAAUCAGGAACUGAAUUUAUUACCUCAGUUAUAAACGGAGCUGAUUUGGUGCCCACCUUUUCAGCAGCAUCGGUGGAUGAUUUGCGUGCUGAGGUGACAGCAUCUGCUUGGUUGAAUGAUCUAAGAAAUCAGAUCGAGCACACUAGGAUUCUUAGUACUGUUUACCGUUCUGCUUCUGCCAUCGGUUCUCGUCUUCCGUCCAUUGCCACUGCCAAAGCCAAGGUUGCUGGGGCUGGAGCUAUAUUGCGUCCUGUCUCCAGCGGUACUCAGGUUGUAAUGAGGAGAGCCCAGAGCAUGGCACAUGCAGCACUGUCUGGUCCCGCCAUGCGUUUGUCAUCAUGGUCAUGUGUCGGUCCCCGUCGACGAUCCUCAACGGCCUCUAAUAUCUCUAACAACAAGAAGCAUGAGGCCUCAGAAUCUUCCUCAAGCCGAAAAGCGGCUUCGGAACCAUUCAUUGUCUCCUCUGAAGUGGAGCUUCCUGUGUCAUCAUCAUUGAACGAUGAUGUUGACGAUGAUUUUGAGGCGAAUGGUGAUGUUAUGGCUGCUCGGGGACAGCAAGACCACAUGACAGAGGUGCAGAUGUGGCAACAGCUAGAGCAAGAGCUGUAUGACGAGGAUGGGGGUGAGACGGAUACAGUUAAGGAGAUUAGGGAAGAAGAAGCGGCCGCCAUUGCUGAGGUGGGCCAGAGCUCGACUGAAAGCUGCUCUUCUGCUCCGAAUACAAAGGAGGCACACAGAUUCUUUCCUCCUGGAAGGAUAAUGCACAUUGUCACCCUUCCUUCUGAGGAUGAUCAAGGCAACGAUGAUGGGAGGAGUGAUGCGCCUGAUGACGAUGAUAAUGUAAGCGAUGAUCAUAGCAGUAAUGGGGGUGUGGGGGUUGGGAUAUUUCUCACGCCCAGGACAUUGUAUAGCAAAAUAAGGUUGUCCCAGACCAUGAUCAGUGAUCACUUCAUGCCGAUGUAUAGACGGCAGAUUGAGAAACUAAUUAGAGAGCUUGAGAUUGGUGAGAUUUAAAGUUUUAUUAUUGUAAGGAACCACACAGCCACACCCAUUACUCGAUGUGGGGUCCAUGCUUCAAAUGACCAAGAUUCGCCAGGUCGGAUUUUACAACUCUUGGGGCCUGGAACUCUUUGUAUAUACACUAAUUAAUGCGCAUGUAGAUUAGAGUAUUAGACUCUUGGUUUAUUUAUUUUGGUUGGUUAUAAAACUAUAUUGUAUUUGAGGUCAUUUAUAUUGUUCACGUGAACUGAACUAAUUUGUACUGGUGAAAUAAAUUAGAAUAUCUCAAACCAAAUGUUGAUUUUAGA